AUGAGCGCCUCGGCGGCCACCGGGGUCUUCGCGCUGUCCCUGUCGGCCAUCCCGGCCACCUACGUCUUCAACCACCUGGCGGCCCAGCACGAUUCCUGGACAGUCGUGGGGGUCGCGGCCCUCAUCCUGCUCCUGGUGGCCCUGCUGGCCCGCGUCCUGGUGCAGAGGAAGCCGCCGCGGGACCCACUUUUCUACGUGUACGCGGUGUUCGGAUUUACCAGCGUGGUGAGCCUCAUCAUAGGGCUGGAGCAGGACGGGGUCAUUGAUGGCUUCAUGACGCACUAUCUGCGUGAGGGCGAGCCGCACCUCAACACGGCGCACGCGCACCUCAUCUGCUACUGGGACGGCUCGGCGCACUACCUGCUCUACCUGGUCAUGGUGGCGGCCAUCGCGUGGGAGGAGAGCUACCGGAGCGUCGGGCUGUUCUGGGCGGGCUCCGUGACCAUGAGCGUCGUGGUGCUCGUGCCGGGCAGCAUCGUGGGCAAGUACGGGACGCGGCUGUGCCCGGCCUCGCUCCUGAGCCUGCCCUACGCCUGCCUGCCCGUCUGGGCCGGGUUCCGGAUCUACGCGCAGCCGCCGGACAGCCGCGCCCGCCCCGCCAAGGUGGUGCAGGAAGUCCAGGCCAAGGGCCUGCUGAGGAGACCCCUGGAUCUGAUGCUGGUGCUGGGUCUGCUCCUGGCGGCUGCGUUUAGCCUGUUCCGAGGCCUGGUUGCUCUGGACUGCCCCGCCGAGCUCUGCCGCAUCUACGCACAGUCCCAGGAGCCCUACCUGAGGGACCCUGCCGCCUACCCCAGGAUCCAGAUGCUGGCCCACCUGUUCUACUCCGUCCCCUUCUUCGUGUUCGCGCUGUACGGCCUGGCCGUCCCCGGGUGCUCGUGGCUGCCGGACCUGGCGCUGGUCCACGCGGGAGGGCUGGCCCAGGCUCAGUUUUCGCACAUCGGCGCUUCUCUGCACGCCAGGACGGCCUACGUGUACAGGGUCCCCGAAGAGGCCAAGGUCCUUUUUCUAGUGGUAAACGUGGCGUACGGGGCCCUGCCUCAGCUCCUAGCCUUUCGGUGCCUCCACAGCCCGGAGUUCUUCAUAAAAACGAAAGCAGAUGAAAAGGUUGAAUAAAAUGCUAUUUCUGCUCUUCCGCUGUGGAUCUCUGCCCGCACUGCCCCGCCCGCCGGCCCCUGCACCUUGCACAUGACGCACAGGGGCCCUGCACCCCACUCCCCCUUCCUGGGCCCUGCAGGCACCCCCCCCCCCCUUUCCGUGCCGUGCGGGGAAUUCUCUUUCUCAGGGAAAACUGAAGGUGAGAAACUCCGACUUCAGAGUCUCAACAACGUUGUUUACAGACAGGGGCUUGAAACCCCCUGGGACCAGGCCUGGUCCCGUUUGUCCACGUCACACGGUGGGAGGGCGCCGUCCGGGGCCCACGCUGGGCAGCACAAGGCGAAGCUCUCCAGGCCGGCGGGAAAGGGCCGCGGCAGCCUCGGGCUGGUGCCUCCCUGCCAGCCUCCCGCGCGGGCCCUCAGAGCUUUACAAAACGUCACUUGAAAACUGUUUUCCCAGGGAAAGGAGGAUUUAAUGCUGUUCUAAAAUUUGCUUUCACUAAAUUUUUUGGUGAGUAAAUAGCUUGAGGGAUGGAUGACUUACCAGUGUCCUUAAUUCUCUUUUAUUGCUAACUGGAAAACACUCUAUUGUAUUUCUGUGUAUAUUUUUCAUAAAAUUUUUGGGCUUUCUCGAAGACAAAUCUUAUUAAAUUUGCCACAUCUUACUUUCAGAAAAAGUUGUACUCUUUAUGCUUUUAUUUAAAAAAUCUCUGUUAUGUGUUUUAAUUAAAUGUCAUCUACAUCCUCUGCUUUAGUGUGUGAU